UCAACCGAGUCCGGCACGUGGCCGUACUGAAAGAAGCCCGGAGAGAAAACAAGAUUCUCUUGAGCGCCGCGAUGCUAAGUCAAGUGAUAAAUAUUAAUCGUCGUUAAAAGACACGUUAAGGGGGACGUGGUAUAUAUUCGCGGACAUGCGGCGUGCGCAUUGACGAUAUAAGUGGAGUGUUCAUCACCGGUUGUCAUUGCGUGAUCGCGUCCGAUCUCGUUAAUUCGCGAAGGUGAAAUCCUCCGCGAGAUCAUCAGAAAUAUGGAUUCGGAUAACAGCGAUCAAAAUUGGCAGGCGAACGGCCGGCGACGACAGGAUUACUACGAGUUGAAAAACGCAGAUUGCGAAGAAUUAAACACGUGGUUCCAGGUUAAAAUGAAGGAUCCGCUCGAUAUCACGGAUGUCACCUCUUAUUAUGGUCGCCGCGCAAUGAGCAAGUUCUGGUGCUAGAUCGGACGCAGGUGGCGGCAGGCGGGCAAGCAGCAGCCUCCGCAGGCACGUGUAAUGACAGAACCUAAAUGUCAGUCGCACGUGGCCACCUGGUACUUGUUCUAUCGCUGGAUCAUCUUCCUCGUAUGGACCGGCUUCGUGAUUUGUUCGGUGUUCGAGUUCGGCAGCUACCAACCGCUCUUCCAGAUCGACAAAUGGCCGAUCUAUCUGACCAACUGGGACAUGGUGUUGGGCUUUACUCAGGCGCUGAUCGGCGGUAUCCUCGUGUCGAAGCGUUGGCGACUACAGAAGAUACCCGGCUUCGAUCCUUGCGGCCUCAAGUUGGAGUUCACCGAGCGACUGUACUGGUUCCUGUAUGUCGUCACGACUAAUCUGGCAAUCGCCGUGACCGUCUGCUACUGGCUCACCGUAUACAAUCCGGAGAUUCAUCACCUGGACCCGCUCAACAUCAUGAUGCACGUAUGCAAUAGCGCGUUGAUGCUGGUUGACUUCGUUGUCACCAGUAUACCGUUCCGUUUGCGAAAUUUCUGGUGGUGCCUGUCGAUCGCCGUCUUCUACGUGAUUUUCACGGUUGGUCUACUACGUCGCUGGGGGACUCGACAAUACGGCUACCACUAUUACAAGGUCAUCGACUGGAAGCGACCGACGCGGACGAUGCUCGUUUGUGCCGGUGGUUGCACAUUCGUUACAGUGCUCCACUGUGUCACCUCUAUGCUGGCUGAUGUCAGGGAUCGAGUCUACUACAAGAUCGCCAAGAAAGUCGGUAGAUCCGUACAGACUAAUGCGACGAACGACAAACCGCUUCCAGAAAAGCAGGCGGACGUAGUUUAAUUAAUACAAAUUGAAAUAAAACAUAGACACGUUAUUAUCUUUGUCCGUCAGGUAUCUUCUAACCUGGGUAUGGGACAUUAGUAGGACGGAUUGACUAUUUGACAAGGAAAAGUCUCAAUUCUGUGUGUGCUUUCGUGUAGCUGACGUGAGAAUUCCUCGCGAGUGACUUCUUGAGCUCGUCUAUCUUGCUCGUAGACAAACGAUAAAAUAUUAGUAGGAUAUUAACAGGGUAUUUGAGGAGAGUGAUCGGAUUAGGUGAUUCCUUUUGCGAUUCUUGUGAACUUAUCUUCGACGACAUUUCCAAGAAACGUUAGUCAUAGUAUGAUAAGAUUGCGUAACAAUUAUCGUAAAAACUGUAAUUGGUCAACGCUCGGUAUUAUAGUCAAUGAAAUUUUCUGCGUGUUAUUUAUACAAAAAGAUAAAGAUGCAUGUAAAUAUAGAAAAUAUGUAUUUCCUUUUACUAAAUGUGAACAUCUUGCUGAAGAAGGCAAGAUUAUCGAUUAUAUAUGCAAGCAUUUUGUACAUUCAAAUCGUAUGUAAACAUUUUUAUGAAGAUUUCGUUUCAUAUUUGACGCUAUAUAUGACAUUCGUCUCGCAUUUUUAUAAUGUUAUAAAAUAUUGUGUGAACGCAUCUUUUUAUAUUUAAAACUGUGAAAAUCACGUCGCAUUCAGUACUGAUGCGCCGAAAUAAUCACGAACAUUUUAUGAUAUUUCAAAUUAGCGCGAAUGCGGUUGCAUAUUAUUUUCGUGAGCAUUGAUUACAGAAGUUGCAAUUUUUUUU